AUGGCGAGUAAAUUUCCAACAUCUGACGACUUUGACGAGCUGUUUCUGACAUGCUCAAUCUGCAUGAGGCACUUUCAGGACCCCAGAGUCCUGCCAUGUCUGCACACCUUCUGUAGGGAGUGCCUGCAAGAACGGGCCGCCAAACAACAGCCGCUGGAGUGUCCAACCUGCCGCACACAGGUCAGUCUACCAGACCAAGGUGUGGACGGACUCAAGACCAACUUCUACGUCAACAACCUGCUGGACUUCGCGGCAGCCAAGAAAGGGUCAGGUGCGCCGUGCCAGGUGUGCAAGAAGAGUGUGGAGGGGUCAAAGUCUUGGUGUGCGGAUUGCGCCAUCUUAAUGUGUGAGUCAUGUACUAUGUUACACCGUAAUUUUCCGUUUUCUAAAGAUCAUGAAGUAACCACUGAAGAAACACUGAAAGCCGAGGGAGGUAUCAGUAGUUUUCACCGCAAGCGACACUGUCAAAAACACAAGAACCAAGAACUGGUCUUCUACUGUGAGAGCUGUAAGGCUUUGGUUUGUACGGCAUGUACCGUAGUCGACCAUCGGCCGGGCAAAGAUCACAAUCCGGUAGAAAUUGCCACCGUCGCUCAGAAGAAAAAAGAAUCCCUUCAAGCACUGCUGCAAGACAUAGACCCACGUCUGAGGGAAAUUCAGGCAUCAGUUAAGGAAGUUGAAAGGAAGAUGGCAAACUUAGCCCCCUCGAAAGAGGUAGCUACAGACCAAGCCAAGUCAUAUUUCCGCCAAAUUAUUGACCUUCUCCAAAAGCGUGAAAGGGAUAUUUUGAGCCAGAUUGACGAACAAUGCCGAGCCGAUGGCAAGGCUCUGCAGACAAAGAAGGAAGCGAUAGAGUUUGAGUUGGCCGGACUGACGAGCGCACAGACCUUCUGUCAACAAGCUGUAGAACACGGAAGUGACGUGCACAUUCUGGAGGUGGGAAACCAAGUCCAAACAAGGGUAGAAACUCUGCUGACAAAACAACUGGACCUGGAGUCAGACUGGAGCGAGUUUCAGUUUGUCGAGAGAACGGCUGUCGCAGACAUCGCGGAAAAGGUUCAAGACUUGGGUGGUGUGAAUACAAACUUCAAAGUGGAAGUGAAGCCAGCAGUGCAAGGGUUUCGUUGCUUUGCUAAACUAUUAACAUUAAACUCCGAAGGUCGAUCUCUUGUCACGAAUAGUGAAGCCAUCACAGCCAACAUGAGCGACCCAUCUGGAAAAGACGUUCCCACAAAAGUACAAAUGAAGAGUGGAGGCGUGUGGGAAAUAUCGUACGUUCCCAAUGCCAUGAGAAACCACAGGUUAGAGGUCAAGGUCAAUUCAAAACAGGUGCCAGGAAGUCCGUUUGAGGUUCAAGUACACGGAAAGGAUACCCCAGCCUUAUCUAUUGGACAGAAGAGUAGUGGGGUGGAGGAACUGGACGGACCGUUGAGUGUCGCGGUUGACAAAGACGGCAACAUUGCAGUGGUGGAACGACCGAACAAGCGGGUUCAGAUAUUUGAUGCAGACACAGGCCAGCCUUUGAGUACCUUCCCAGUUGACGGUGAGUGCCCAUUUGGUAUUGAUGUAGACUUUACUGGGAGGGUUUUUGUGACGUCAUUUGGCGACAACUAUGGAAUAAGAUGUUACUCCAAGAAAGGCAAGCUUUUGAAGACAUUGAAGCCAGACUGCAUCAAACAUCCACUCGGAGUUGCAGUUCUGAAGGACGGCCGCAUGGUGGUGGCGGACCGAACACAAAAGUCGUGUUUUCUCCUGAAGCCUGACGGGAGCCUCAUCCGGGAGAUCGGCAAGGGGCAGUUACAGGGGCCCAUAUACGUAUCGGUAAAGGAGUCACGUGACAUGAUGAUCGUCACAGACGGGACCGCACAUAAAACGUUUGUUUUUGAUCUUGGCGGAAAGCUAAAGAUUGAUUUUGGUAAGAAAGGUCAGAUUGAUGGCGAAUUCAAAUCACCAGCAGGUGUAGUAGUAGAUCGGAGAGGUAACAUUAUUGUAGUGAACCAUAGUGGCGGCCGUAUUCAGAUGUUCGGGCCGGACGGGACGUUCAUUCGGACUGUGACGACAGUUAAAGCAGGUAGCCCUAAUCAUGGGAUCACACUAACCCCAGAUGGUUACAUAGCUGUUGCAUGUUACACAGGGCAAUGCGUAAAGUUUUAUAGGUACAACUGA